AUGCAGACAAUGAGGCAGAACUUCAAAGGUGCAGAAAAUGAAGCAGAACUUCAAAGAGAUGCAGAAGGAGAUGCUGAAAGAGGUGCAGAAGGAGAUGCAGAAGGAGAUGCAGAAAUGGAUGUAGAAAGAGAUGCAAACGGAGAUGCAAAAAUGGAUGUAGAAAAUAAUUCAAAAAGAGACGCAGAAAAAGAUGCAGAAAGAGAUGCAGAAAAGGUUGAUGAAAGAGAUGCAAAAGGAGAUGCAGAAAGAGAUACAGAAAGAGAUGAAGAAAAAAAUGCAGAAAGAGAUGAAGCGAAAGAUGUAGAAACUUAUUCAGAAAAGAUGCAAGAAGAGAUGCAGAAGAAGAUGCAGAAAGAGAAGCAAACAACAAAUCACUAA